AAAUUUAAUGAUAAAACAGGACACUCCAGCAUCCCCUUAAGGCACUAGCGAAAUACAAUUCGCAGGAUAAUUGCUCGUAUGCACUUUAUGUCUAUGAUAUAAAUCGUGAAAAAUCAAUACACCCCACGAUAAUUUCCAGCAUCAUAGAGAAAGCAGAUAUUCCUGAUAUACAGGAUAUCAAGAAAAUAGAUAAAGGAAAAAUACUCAUAGAAGCAAAAACUGUUUUGGCUGUGAAUAGGUUGGUUGAUAAUCUUAUUUUUUCUAAAUAUAAUCUGAAAGCCUUCAUUCCAGCAUUCCGAGUCUUAAGAGUGGGAAUCAUACACAUACAAGAUGUUCCAACUGAGAUUGAUUUGGAAACUGUUCUUAGACAUUGAAGUUUUUCGUAAUAGUAAAAUUCUGAAUAUCCAUAGGCUCAAUAAAAGGACAAUCAAAGACGGCAAAGCUGAAUAUAUACCCUCAAAGACAUUGCGUAUAAAAUUUGCAGACCAGAUUUUGCUGCGUGAAGUAUUCUUGUUUAAGACUAGGCAUGAAGUACAUCCUUUCAUCCCUCGCAUCUGCUUUGCCUGCUACAGAGUCGAACAUAUUGCAAAAGUAUGCAAGGGCCAGCCAUGCCUCUAUUGUGGAGGCAAUAGACACGAAGCGGAAGCCGAGAGCUCUUGCUCUAGACGUGUAGAGGGCGACAAGUGCAUUAACUGCAAAGAUUCGGAUGAUUACGAAAGAGAAUACAGGUCUUAUGCAGAUGUCACCAAUUCGAGUUCAAGGUCGCGCAUUGAUUCUGGUAGCUCCAACAGCGGGUUCAACAAGAGCCGUUCCUCUCCCCACGCGGCAGCCCCUUCCAGCGCUGUGCCUUCUCGCAGAAGCUCCAGUCAAUAUCUUAAUAACGUGGUUAUGAUAGAAGAAUACAUCAAAAUGUUCUCUAUGAUUAUCAAGGAGACGGAUCUAAGGAACCGGGCAGUAGGAGCCGGCGUCUAUUCACCGGACCUGGACUUCUCCAUUGAACAUAAACUCCUCAGGGAAAUUUUUAUCUUUUCGGCGGAACUCUGGACCAUACUUCAAGCCACGCUUCUCGCCAGGGACUGCGGAAAUAAAAAUAUUGUUAUAUUGUUUUCCGAUUCCAAAAGUGCUCUUAACGCAAUAAAUAACAAUAGAUAUAUCCAGAAUAAUUUUAUUAUUUACGACGUCAGACAGAAUAUUUUGAAUGCCUCAAAGGAGGGAAUUGAAAUCACACUUUUUUGGGUUCCAUCUUAUUUGGGUAUUCCAGGAAACGAGAAAACGGACGAGAUCACUAAACAUGCUUCUAUAGAAGGACGCGCCCGGCCUUUAGAAUUCCAUAUGAAGAUAUGUUCACUGAACCCAAAAAAAUCUUGGAGGCGCGAUUUAGGACAUAAAUCUAAAUUCAACGGUAGCGUAUAAAAGUACAUUUCAACAUGAGUG